CACACAAUACCCUACCCUCGUUCCCUCAUCGAUGGCGGCAUAAUUUGUUCAUGAUCUUCUCGGACUGCAGCUCCUAUUAACCUACGUGAGCGGCAAAGGACGACAUUGAGUUUUUCCCAUUGACUCCUGAAUUUAGGCACAAUGCGCCUUGUAGGCUUGGUUAUACUCGUGAUACUUCCUUCAGAAGGUUCGGAGAUGCCGAGACGUGUUUACCCGAGGCUCCUUGAAGAGCGGUCGUCGGAUGGACGUAUCGCGAUGCGCGUUCACGAAGGCCUCACGCUAAACUUGAGACGGGUGACGGUGGCCGCACCAAAGGUUCACGUAUUGUCGGAGGAAAACGGCAAGGCUGUAACGCAAUUCUAUGACGGCGAAGGCAUCAAUAAGAAUCUUUACGAAGAUGAGGAGCAACUCGCCACCGUAGAAGUAAUCAGAGGGGACAAGGGAGUGAGCAUGAGAGGGCUCAUAGGCCCUCAUCAUAGGAUUCAACCGAUGCCUGUCUCACAAAGAUCAGAAGAUGGCUCUGUUCCCCACAUGAUCUACAGGAUUGACGCAGAUGAUAUGCUGGAUAAGACCCUAAAGACAAGGGAAAGAAGUGGAGCAAAUAUAAGCGAAAGAACAUACGGACGGCAGGCGCAGGUUCCUGAUAUGAUCUAUGUCGAAACAUUUGUAGUUACAGGAAAGCGUCAUUACGCUUAUUAUCGGCAAACUUCACAUCUGAUAUGGUACGCGUGUAUCCUGGUUAAUUAUGCAAACCUUAGACUUGCGGCGGUGACCAAUCCUAGGGUCAAACUAGUACUCGUUGGCCUGGAAAAAGAUGAGAAAGAGCCAUACGCUGUGGUAACUCAAGAUGGUUAUCUGUUUGAUGAAUUAACAAUCAAAGAGUUUCGAAGCUACGCCGUGAAACGCAGGGAUGAUUUUGGAAGACCGGACGUCGUAUUUCUGCUAUCGGGAUACGACGUAAUCACCAUACAUAACGGUGAACUUACUGAGGCUGGCUUAGGAAUCGGCUUCCUAUCGGGUAUCUGUACUAAUCACUACGUGGCACUUGGAGAAGAUAAGCCGGGACUGUUUACUGGGGCGCACACAUUCAGCCACGAACUUGCUCACCUCCUCGGAGCAAGUCACGAUGGAGAAGAUGCAAAGUCGGACGUGCCCGGACAUCCGAGCUCUAGGUCUUGCCUGUGGGAGCGUGGUUACCUUAUGAGCUACGUCAACAAUGGACCCUCACAUCACCGGUUCUCUCCAUGCAGUAUAGAGCAGAUGAGACACGUGCUGACUUACCGAGGACAAAAGUGCUGGUAUUUCAAUGGAAACGGCUACUCCAUGAGGGGCAUGUAUCCAGGGAUGACAGUUUCGUUCGAGCGGUUCUGCAUGGGCCUUAUAGACAACAGAGCGAACAUCACGAUUAGAAAUAUUACGGUGGAAAUAGCGACGUGUAAGGUCAUCUGCACGUACACGAAGCACGUAUAUAGCUACUAUGAAGCCAGAGGAUAUCGGGAGAGCAUGUUCCAAAGAAAAGACGACGCUCUUGACUACAUGCAGUGCGGGGAGAACAAGGUGUGCAUUCAAGGCUACUGUGUAACUAAGCCACUUGAAGCAACAAACGCACCGAAAGUUUCUGAGGAAAGUACACCAACUGUCAGUGCCGAAGGCACAACAGAGGAACCCGUGACAGCUAGUUCUUCCAGUGACGCAACUGAAUGCAAAUGCGAUUGCCUCAGCACAACCGGCACUGCUACCGCGCACAGAACCAGAACACCGAGGCCAUCAAGCACAAUCACACGUAGAUUUUUUGGGUAUAGACCAUGGGAUAGGCCAGAGUAUUUGGGGAAAUAAAAAAAAUCACCCAC